GAGGCUCGCAGUCACUCUCAUCGACAGCCACAUCCACCGCUCUCCUCUCCCCUUCUCCUCAUCUCCAGCCCUCCUCUCCACUCAUCUGCUGCAACCCUCCAUUCAUCUGGAACCCUGAACCAAAUCAGUCCUUCAUCCUCCCCCAAAUCAACCCUCAUUAUCAUGAACACCACAAGAAACAUCCUCUCCAGCUCUGUGGCACUCUACCACCUGAUUGUCAUGAUGCUGACACUGGGCCAAGGCGUUCAUUCACUGCCUGUUCCUACUGACGUCCCCAUGUGCACGGCCUCAGAAACUGCCCAGUACAGGCUAACGUUUUCCGGCAAGUGGACCCAGGCAGCUUUCCCUAAACAGUAUCCUGUCUACCGUCCCCCUGCACAGUGGUCAAACCUCAUUGGGGUGACCCACAGCUCUGACUACCACAUGUGGCAGCGUAAUGAGUUUGCCAGCAACGGAGUGAGGGAGUUUGCGGAGAAAGGCGAGGCCUGGACGCUUAUGAAGGAAGUCGAAGCGGCCGGCGAACGCAUCCAGAGUGUUUAUGGGAUCUUCUCCGCUCCCGCUGUUAUGGGGGGCACAGGCCAGAUGAACACUGAGUUUGAGGUUUUCGCCAGGCACUCCUAUCUGUCGUUUAUGGUGCAUCUCGUUCCAAGCCCGGACUGGUUUGUGGGUGUGGAGAACUUUGACCUGUGUGACGGCGACCACUGGAAAGAGAAUGUGUCGCUGGAGCUUUUCCCAUUCGAUGCAGGAACUGACAGCGGGUUCACCUUCUCUUCUCCCAACUUCGAGACCAUCCCACAGGACAAAAUCACACAGAUCACUUCUUCCUUCCCUAGCCACCCUGCUAACUCCUUUUACUACCCCCGCCUGAAACACCUGCCGCCCAUCGCCAAGGUAAUGCUGACCAAGAUAAAGAAGACCAAUCAGAUCAUCAGCCUGCCUGUGGAGCCCACCCAGUCCAACCAACUGCCAACAGGAAAUGAGAUUGAGGACAAGCUCAUAAAUACCCCUCUGGACUGUGAGGUGUCAGUGUGGUCUCCUUGGGGCUUGUGCAAAAGCAAGUGUGGAGACUCAGGUGUGCAGCACCGCACGCGCUACAUCAUUAUGCACCCAGCCAACAAUGGAUUAGCCUGCCCCCUGCUGGAGGAAGAGAGGAAGUGCUUCCCGGACAACUGUUUAUGACUAGGCCAGGAAAGGAGGAAGAAGAAAGAGAGGAAGGAGAGGAGAGAGAAGAAAGAGAGGAAAGGGAGGAAAGGGAGGAAAGGACGAAGACGGAGAAACAACAGUAAAAGGUCUGCGGCUUAUUCACAUGAGGCAUAAAUAUGAUGAAGCGGACACUCUUAUUUCCUCCCUGGCUAUACCCUAUGUCUGUGGAAAUGACUAAUGUACUGAUUGUCUGACUGUUAAAUUGCAGAAUGUCUUAUCCUCAAGACACAUCGAUAGAUCUGACAGCACUAGAGAGGUGUAGUUUGGCGAAAUAGUUAUUAGACACCACUUCAGUUUUGGCAGAUUAUCUAAAUUGUCUGGGGACAGAACAAUGCUGUUUUAAACAUAGACAUCAACUAAAAACACAUUUACACAUUAUAAUUGGGUUUUAAUUGGACAUUUCUGAAGAUCACAGACACUUGUUUGCCCACAGUGGAUUAUAACUUCAAGCAGCUUCCAUCAAGCAGAUUUGGAAAUAAAUCAAUAUACAGUAAAUUAUACUUAAGAUCUAAAAUCCCUAUAUCCAAGAAAUACUUAGCAGAAAAUCAUAAUAGCAGCAGCUCUGGCACAGGGGAAAACAUGAUGUCUCAAUAAUUCCAUUAGCAGAAGUAUAGUCCUCCCCGCAUUCAAAACAUAAUAUUCACAGAGACAUUGAUCGUUUUCUGAAAACAAAGAAUAUAUUUAUUAACAGGAUUUUUGCCUGUGGUGUACAGUAUAUCAAAUCUGAAAGUAAUAAGUUGUAUGCCUUUAUGUUAUUGAAAUAUUAGUUCAAAUGUUUUUUGUAAAAAAAAAGAAAAAUGCUAAAAAUGUACAAAAAAAAUGUAUGUUUCCUGUAUGGCCAAUAAAGGUAUUGUGACCU